CCAACCGUCAGCUCAUUCCCCUUUUCUGUUACCAUCUCCAGCUGUGGGGCGGAAGCUGCUGGACUGACCUUAAACUUCACUUUUUCUCUUAUUCGAAUAAAUACUGUGAGCCUUAAUGUGCCUGUUGUGAGGUCGAUCUACUGGACUGGAGACGAACACCUGGACAAACUCAAGAUCCGGCAGAACAAUGACUUCCUGUUUUGAACAAACCAAGCAGGAAGUGAAGCUCUUUUAACCAGAGUAGUUGUGAGUUUGGUUUGCUGGUGAGCAGAUGAAGAUCGUAGUCUUACUGAUGGAGGGACGUAGAAGUGUGAUGGCCGCCCUGUCUGAAGGCAUGCUGACAGUGCUGACAGUCAACUUGUUAUUGAGUGUCUCCUUUCUUUCAGGAAGACUGACUGGAUGUGAAGAAGACAAAGGCCUCAUCUUUACUGCACCGAGAGAGAUUGAGGGACUGAGUGGAGCCUGUUUGCAAAUCCCUUGUAGCUUUACAGUGAAACCGCAGCAUAAGUUCGAUCCUCAGAGAAAAACAUUUGGAGUUUGGUUAAAACCUGGAGCCCCGAUUCUCAAUAGUCCGAGAAACGUGGUUUACAACAGCAGUCAGCUGAAAAACAACUAUGACAUGAACAUUACUGGAAACCUGAGGGAGAAGAACUGCACCACUGUGUUUUAUAACAUAAACUCAGAGCAAGCAGACAAAUACUUCUUCAGGAUUGAGAACGGGCCGUUCAAAAUAAGCGCUCUUUGUAAGGCUGUUAAUGUAAACGUAAGAGAUUCUGCUUGGAGACCCAGGAUUGAAAUCUCAGGUGACAUGAAGGAGAAGAACUCUGUCAUUAUAACGUGUUCAGCUCUCACUCCCUGUCCACAAUCACCUCCUAAACUCACCUGGAACCUCAAACCAGACCACAGCAGGCUGACAGAGAAGAACACGGAUGGAACGUUUACAGCUAAAAUCCAGAAGAACAUCACGCUGUCAGACACACAUGAUGGAUUCAACAUCACCUGCUUUGUCAGCUAUCCUGUGGAUGGAGAAAAAUACAAGUUUGCAAAGGCAGAAGUGACCCUCAGCGUUUCCUAUGCUCCCAAAAACACUUCAGCUUCCGUCAGUUUGUCAGAAGAUGGUUGGGUGAACAUGACGUGCUCCAGCAGAGCCAAACCUCCCAUCAGCCUCUUCACCUGGUUCAGGAACAGCACAAAUGGAACCAUGCAAGUAACCGAAGGAGACGUUUAUGGACUCAAUAUCACUGAGGAGGGGAUUUAUCACUGUGUGGCCACCAACGAUCUUGGUAAUCAGACAUCUCCAAAGGUUCAUCUGACUGGUCAACGAAAAGGGAACCUGCAGGUUGAUGGACUUUCUGAAAAAAGAGGAAUAUUGAGUACUCCAGUUAAGACUUCACUUGUGUCAGCAUUAGGAGUUAUUUUGCUUGGCUCCCUGAUCAAAAUCUUCAUGUGGUUUCUUAAGAUCAGACAUCUAUCUCCAAAAAAGCCCCAAACAGGACUACUGUCUAGAAAAGGGAGACAGAAGAACUGAUGUUCGAUAUGAGGAUCUAAACUCCUGGAUAAAACAGACCAGGAGUCUGCGUGGCAGCAGGCAGUCGCAGGAGACGACCUACGCACAAUCGGUCUCCAGGUCAAAAAGCAGCAAAGCAAGUGAAUAAACAUUGACCUCUCUCUGACUGUCAGCUGUUUGUUUCAUAUUACAGAACCUGAAAAAUACAUUUACUGGGAUUGUACUGGUAAUUGUUAAAUGACUGGAAGCUCCAAGCUAUCACAACCAAAAAAAAUUAGCAUUUCUUUGCAAUAAUGGAUCUUUAAAACGUUUGAUGUUACUGUAAGUAACCAUGCAAUUUCAAGGGAGAUUUUUAUAAAAACUGUGUAAAACAAUCUGGAUGUCUUCUUUCAAAUUUUGAUUCAUACAGAUUUAAACCUGUGUCUGAUGAAAAUAUAACAACAUGACGCUAAGACCUCAUAGUAUAUUGGUGUAGCCUAAGGGAAAAUGUCAACCUCUCGCUCUUUGCUUCCAUUUGGCUCUAAAUCACACGUGUCAUCGGAUUUGCACCAUAUUGGAUAUGAAUGACCACUGACGAUACUGACAUUGACUCCACUGUGCUGCUUACAUUAUUCCAACAGCUAUGUCUCCUGGACACAGCAUUGGAUCUGCACCAGAUUGUUUUGUGCUUCAUCAGGGAGCACUGCUUGACAUGUGGCCCAAUUUAUCCACAGCACCAACUGGAAUAUUUUCAUAUUUUAUAUUUUUUUAAAAUCAGACCCAAGUCAUGCUUUGACCCAGAAUUAUAAGAUUCAGCCUACGUCUAACUUUUCAGGCUCUUCAAAAAGGCUUCUUGAAGCCAUGACACAAACCCAGCAGGAAGUCGACCCUUUUGUCUCUUUUACACAUGUUGUAUCUCAGCAAACUCUUGCAACGUGUCACAUACAGACCUCAGAAUAGCACAGGAGUCUUGAGGCAAAGUUAUCAACAGCUUUUAUCUGCAUCAAAGCAUGUGGGCGUAACCAAUCCACCAAAUCUGACCAAUUGUCAUAAAACAUCAAGGUGGAAUAACUUCCACACACAAUCUCACAGCUGCAACACAUUUUGUGUUAUGACAGACUAUAACUCACAUUUUCAAUUUGUGACAUCACAUUUAAAAAUGCUGUUUGGUAUCUUACUUUUAGCCUUUGAUUGCAGCUUUAAAUUUUAUUUCUACUUUGACUUUAAAACUAAAGUGUCUGCAAAUAAAUGAAGAAAAUGUGUACUUUUAGUUAAGAGUUAUUGAACAAAUAAGAACUAAUCAAGUUUAGACAUGUAAAAUAUCUUUACGCUAAUGUCAUUGCUGAAACCCUGUGUGCCUACUUCUCCAAAUACAAACUCACAUCAAAUAUCACCAUAAUCUCUCCUUGAUGAGGAGAGAUGUGCAAUAUCAGCUUGACCAGAUCUACUGCUGCUUCACAUGUGAAAUUUCCGCCAUUUUCUCAACCUCUCCAUCUCUUUCACUUCUUGCUACAGAAUGGUUGUGAUAACAGACUGUACACAUAGCACAGCAUUGUAGACAUGAACAUGAGCAUAGCCAACCUAUUCACAGCCAAAAUAAGACAAGAACGUUUUUUUUUUUUUAAAAAACACCAAAAAUAUUGACAUGGGCAAAAUGACGCUGUCCGUCAUAAAUUUUGGUGUUGGUUAAUUUUUGGUUUACCUCCCAGGUCUACUCCAUAGUAAUGUUACUAAUGGUGGCGUUGACGCCAUGGGCAUCACACAAAAACAUUGCAUUAUAACAUUAUAAAAUAUGGUGAAAAAUACCUGCCUAAUAAACGACCAGUUAUAUAACUAAACAAAUCUGUAACUUAUACAAAAUAUUUAGGAUUAAAAGUGAAGGCUGCUCCCUUGAAUGACAACAUAAAUAUUUCACAACCAACUACAGCUGUGCAGUGCGAGUCAUUAUAACGUUGUAAAGUUAUUUACUGUCCUCUGUGGAUUCUCAUGUCUGUGUUUAAAGAUGAUUUCUGGCUAAAUCUGUGUCCACAGAGAUCACAACAUAAAGGUUCCUGUCCUGUGUGGAUUCUUAUAACUUCUUAUUUUAAGAAAUGUUCUGCCACAGCCUCCACAGUUAAACAUCCCUCCUGUUUGGGCCUUCCUUCAUGAGUCAACAUUUUUCCUCUCUGUAAAACAUUUUAUAGUGUCCAGCAAGCUUGGAGACUAUUUCUGAAUCUUGUUUGUUAAUUAGGUUUCCAUCUGACUCAGGCGCUCUGCUCUCUUUCCAGUCAUUGUCCAGGUCCUCAGUUUUCAUUCCAGAGUCUGACAAGUGUUUCAUCUCAGAGACGGGGUGAUUCACAUCAUCGUCCUCUUCAACCUUCUUGCUGUUUUCAGACACUAAGGAGUUGGAACCAUCUCCAUGAUCUUCUAUCUUGAUGGAUUUUCCUGUAUUAUUUUCUUUUGGAAGUUCUCUGUCUUUAAUUUGGUCUUGAUAAGGCUGCGAGAGCAGAGGUUACUGUUUAUCAUCCUCACUCUUUAUGGCACUUAUCCAAAAACAAUGAAAGUCUCGACAUUGCAGAUCUUGUGUAACUGUGUUAAUUGGCAACAUGGCAAAUUCAGGGGUCACUUUCUGGUCUGUUUUCGAUCACCUGCCGAGAAAAGUUAGUAAAUUAAAAACAAAGUUUAAAUAUUUUUACAAUUUUUGUCAUUUUGUGAAUGUGCAUAGAUGAGGCAGAAAUUUAUAAAUGACUAGAUUUAUAAAGCGGAAGGCACGUGGUCAUGCAGCUCCAAACUCUUUGGUUUCAACCAUGUUUUUAUCAUGUUUAAUUACUUCAAUCUUAGUUUCCCAUUAGCUUAGCUUUGUGGGACGUGUCCAGGGGAUUUUGCAACACUGAGGGUUGGGGGCCAUUGCUGGAGACAUGACGUUCUGUGUGUGGGGCCACGGGACCAUGUGACAGCUUGAAAGAACGGUCCACCAUAUUUUUGCUUAGGAUCCACAUGCACCACACUCUGUGAUAAUGGUGGGGUGGUAUCUGUGCCACCACAUCAGGGGGGCAGUUAGGAAUAAAUAAUUAUGUAUAUUCCUCUAUGAAAUAUAUAUCUUGCAUGCUCAUGUAAACACACACACACAUAUAUAUACACACACAUAAGGAUAAAGAAAAUGGCACAUUUGGGAACGCCCUUUUUAGGGCGCAGCUUAGAUAAAAAACUACAAAAUGAAUCAGAAACUGUUGUUAGACACUAUUUUGAUGUGUUGAGCUGUAAGGAAACAUGGCGAUGGACCAGCGC